AUGUUUACUCUUCGACGUCCCAUUGCCUCCAUUUUGAGGAAGAAUCUCCACAAGAAUGUGACUGCCCUCAGCAUUGGCCAUACACGAAGUCUCUCCUCCAUUCCGUCCGACGACUUUGACCAUGAAUUGACGGAAAAAACAUCUCCCAUUACGGUCUUUACAGAAGACGAACAAAUGACACGCGAUGCUGUCCGUCAAUGGGCACGAGAAGAAUUACAGCCAAUCGUUCGAGAUAUGGACAAUGAAGCGAAACUACGACCCGAGAUUCUGCAAGCCCUCUUUGACCAAGGAUUCAUGGGGAUGGAAAUACCGGCCGAAUACAAUGGGUCCGAAUUGAGUUUUACCAGUGCCUGCUUGGCCGUCGAAGAAAUUUCACGAGUCGACCCAAGCACUGCUAUACUUGUAGAUAUACAUAACACGCUCAACAACAAUGCCGUGAGAUUCUGGGGAAGCGAGGAUUUGCAAAAACAGUGGCUGCCCCGAUUGGCUACUGACACGGCAUCGUCGUUUUGUCUUUCGGAAGCCGAUAGUGGCAGUGAUGCCUUUGCCAUGAAAACUACCGCCACAGCGUCGCCAGACGGAAGUUACUAUACGAUCAAUGGAACUAAACUCUGGAUCUCCAAUGCCAAGGAAGCUGGAGUCUUUCUCCUUUUUGCCAAUGCGGAUCCUUCCAAAGGAUACAAGGGCAUCACGGCAUUCAUGGUGGAUGCCAACACGGAGGGAAUUCAUGUAGGAAAGCCUGAAAACAAGUUGGGGCUCAAGGCAUCUUCCACGUGCCCCUUGACAUUUGAAAAUGUCCAGGUAGAUGCCUCCCAAGUUCUGGGAGAAGUUGGUUUGGGAUACAAGUAUUGCAUCAACAUUCUAAAUGAAGGUCGGAUUGGCAUUGCUGCUCAACAGAUUGGAAUUGCCAAGGGAUGCUUAUAUGACAUUGCUCUACCGUAUAUGAUGGAACGCAAGCAGUUUGGAUCUGCCAUUGGAGACUUUCAGGGCAUGCAACACCAAUAUGCACAAAUGGCAACAGAAAUCCACGCGGCAGAGGUCAUGAUGUACAAUGCCUGCCGGCUCAAAGAAGCGGGGUUGCCAUUUGUCAAAGAAGCUAGUAUGGUCAAGUUGUUCUCCAGUCAAGUGUCAGAACGGACUGCUAGCAAAACGAUCGAAUGGCUUGGUGGCAUUGGAUUCACCAAGGAUCUCAUGGCCGAAAAGAUGUAUCGUGACUGCAAAGUUGGAAGCAUCUACGAAGGGAGCAGCAACAUUCAACUUCAGACCAUUGCCAAGCUGAUCUCCGCCGAAUACAAAUAG